GCUCCGGCAGCCGCGCCGCGCCGCGCUCUCUCGGGCCAUGGAAGGUCGUGGCGCCGGCGGCGGCGCCGGCAAGGCCGAGACGCCGCAGCCGCGCCGCCGCGGCCCCGGUCCCCGCCCGCGCUCACGCCCGCGCCCGCCGCCGGCGCGGAGGGCCCGGCGCCUCUGCUCGAGGUGGGGGCCCCGGGCUGCUCGGGCUCGCGGCCCCCCGAGCUGGAGCCCGAGCGCGGCCUGGGCCGCUUGCGAGGCCGCUUCGAGUACGAGGACGAGGAGUUGGAGGAAGAUGAGGAGUUGGAGGAGGAGGAGGAAGAGGAGGAGGAGGAGAUGAGCCACUUCUCGCUGAGGCUGGAGGGGGGCCGGCCGGACUCGGAGGACGAGGAGGAGCGCCUGAUUAAUCUCUCUGAGCUGACCCCGUACAUCUUGUGUUCCAUUUGCAAAGGUUACUUAAUAGAUGCAACUACCAUUACAGAAUGUCUUCAUACCUUUUGUAAAAGCUGCAUUGUAAGACAUUUUUACUAUAGCAACAGAUGUCCCAAAUGCAACAUAGUAGUACAUCAAACACAACCUCUUUAUAACAUAAGGUUGGACCGACAGUUACAAGACAUAGUGUACAAAUUAGUGAUCAAUCUAGAGGAAAGAGAAAAAAAGCAAAUGCAUGAUUUCUAUAAAGAAAGAGGUCUAGAAGUACCUAAACCUGCUGUUCCACAGCCAGUCCCUUCGAGCAAAGGAAGAUCUAAGAAAGUCCUAGAAUCAGUGUUUCGUAUUCCACCUGAACUUGAUAUGUCUUUAUUAUUGGAGUUCAUUGGUGCUAAUGAAGGCACGGGACAUUUUAAGCCAUUGGAAAAGAAGUUUGUUCGAGUUUCUGGAGAAGCAACCAUUGGGCAUGUAGAAAAAUUCCUCAGAAGAAAAAUGGGGCUUGAUCCAGCCUGUCAGGUAGAUAUCAUCUGUGGUGAUCACUUGUUGGAACGGUAUCAAACUCUAAGGGAUAUCCGACGUGCAAUAGGUGAUGCAGCAAUGCAGGAUGGCCUUCUCGUCCUCCAUUACGGUCUUGUUGUUUCUCCUCUGAAAAUAACUUGAAGAUUCUAGGCAUAUCAUGAGGAGGGAAACAAAGUAAGGAUGCUUCUGCAGGACUGCAUCUCACCAAAGAUUUCCAUGAAACGCGUAAUUGCCACCACUUUAUGCUGUUCAAGACAUAACUUAUCUAUUUUUAGCACCAAGAAUCUUAGCAUUUAUAAGUACAACUUGAAAUGAUGGAAUGCAUCUGUUUUACUAGAUACUGUAUAUAACAAGCAUCCAUAGCUCAGGGGAAAAAUUUCAAAACAUUGAAUUUUAAAAUUCCUUGUGAUUUUUAAUACUUUGACGUUGAUUUUUGCUUCUCAUCUUUGAGGUAAAUUGGUUACUGUUUUCUUCUUUGUUAAGCCAUAUCCCUUUAAAGUUUAUGGUUGGGAUUCUGCUCUCUGGGAUGGCAUCAGUUGGGCAGUCAGCCUUUUGGAAAAGAAGUGUGUUUUUGAAUGGGAGAUUCAAAGCUAGUCUUUGUUAAACUAGGGUGUGUACUCUUAGACAAAGACCAAAACCAUUGGCUACUUUUGUAUGUUGCCAGCAUAUUUUGAACUUGUAUGUUUUUUUUAUACGAACAGCACUACUAAGGAGAUAUUAUUCACUUCUAAAAUGGAUGAAUUAUCAUUAUUCUGUGUGAGGAGACUGUCUUCUGUAGGGUUUAUGGCUCUUGCCGUAAGUGUUCAAUGUAAAAAGACUUCUAUAAUAUAUCUUAUAAUAAGGGGUACUUCUUUGGGACAAUAUUCUUUGAAUGUUAAUUUGAUUAACAUUUUCUUUGAGUACAUACUAUGAUUUUUGAUACCUUGUAAUAGCACUGGUUCUGAAAGUAAUAAAACGUUUUAGGUGAAUUUGAGUUUACAUGAUACUUAUUGUUUCCUCAAUUUAAUGUUUAUUUUACCAUUAUUUUGUCACUGGGAUAAAGAAUAAGAGUGUUUCAGCUCAUUUCAUGCAAAGAUUUCAGUUUUAAACAUUAUUUUGCCUAAAAUUAGCAUUAUGAUGCUUUCUAAAGAAAUGUUUUGUAGACUGUAUUUCACAGCAAAAUUUCUAAAUCUGUAUUACAGAAGUGGACAAGGAUUGGCAAUUCUUUGUAAAGAAUUUGUGAAAUGUAUAUAAAUCUCUUCUAACAUUUAAUAAAAAUUUAUUUUAACCUA